UCCAACGGACACCGACGACACGGGGGAGGAUUUUCAUUUGUCUUAGUUGCUGACAUGUUGUCGCCUUUUGUCCGCUAAGUGGGAGAAUAAAAAGGACCGAAUAUGUCGGUUCGUGUUGACCGACAGUAGCCGACGUUAUCGUCGUAGAGUGCGUUGUUAGCAUGCGCCGGUCACGCAGAACUCCGUUUACAAAUCCAGCCAUUUUUACGUUUCCUUACAACUAGAGAUGCUACGGAUGUUUACAGGACGGUUUCCAUCACCGGUUGCCACUUUUGUAGAAAUGUUUCACCGUCUUGGCUCGACGUGAUGUCGAUAAGGCGCCAGGUUCAGAACCAGCUCACAUGCUAGUGUUUCUCCGAGGGGAGUCCAGUGGGAAUCCUUGAAAGGACCUACUUUAAAAGUUUAAAGUUUUAGUCGAAGACGUGUUAUUUAGUGUAACGACUUUAGGCCGCAUUUGAAAGUGGUGUACACAGAUCCAGGAAUUAUUUUAAGUAGUAUGUUACCGAAUGCAUAUCAUUAUCUACCAGCUCGGAAACCUUUUAAUUGUGUCAACUUUCAACGGAGUUCGGAGUGACGGCUUUUUAAAGCGCGCAACCUGCGCGUCAUUUCGGCAGAAACACACGAGCUGUAGCGACGGUUGGGCCGUAUUUUCAUGUGUUUUUACUUAAAAUAAUAAUAAUAAAAACGAGUUAAACUAUACGGAGAUUAUCGUGAUAUGAAGGUAACAUUGCGACUUAACGUUAAAAUACAUCACAUCUCUGCGGUGUCACAGGGUGAAGGUGCGUUUAUUCUCAGGCACCGAGCAGCGUGUUUCCCUACCGCCGGGCGGGGCUCCACGCUGGCGCUGUCCGGCGGCGCGGUGCUGGAACCGUCCGGGGCCCACGGCGCACUCGCUGCUCCGCCGUAGAGGUCUCCCGCCGCAGGGUAACGCAGCUGGAGGACGGGGACUCCGGCUGGUCUCGCGGGAAACACGCAGCCAGGACCGUCGACUCACAUCGAAACACGCGCGUGCGGAGCAUUUUGACCUGCGCGUGUAGCGAGCUGAAUUGACAUCACGUGAGGGAAACGGAGUUUCCGGGCGCCGGAUGGGGGGCGGCCGGACUGUCCCGGUGGACCGUGGGGUCUCAGCUAGUGAUGGUCUUCACCAGCGAUCAGUCGGUCGAUCCGCGUCCGUGAUCAGCCGAUUUGCUGUUCGGUCUGUAAAAGGAGAGAGAACGGUGAAGAGGCCGGACACCUGUCCCCGGAGCCGGUGGGGAUGAGCCACAGACAGAACCCCGUUUGCCUGAAACCGGACGUUGAGUGAGAGAAGUCGGGGUCAACCUCCUGUCCCAGGAUAGGACGACGAACUGGGGGAUUUGCCAGAAACGGUUCCAACUAAACGAUAUGCCUGACGGAUGUGGAGAACCCGGUUAAUGCAGCAGUUUGACCAAAGAGCUGACUUCACGGGGCGUUUUUUCAUUUUUCUGCCACGGCUCGUUACGUCGCUCAGGAAUUAGUCUGGAUUCAUUUCAUUUCAUUUUCAUUGCUUAUUCUCUGUUCUUGCUGUCGUGACCUGACGACAGUGAGCUGACGUGGAACCGACAUUUCUUUUGAGUUCAGUCGUCAGGUUUAUAGUCGCCGUGUCUGAAGCUGUGAUGUGUUUGUUUCAGGCUGAGUGACCAUGUGGGAGAAAACGCUGCUGCUGCUGCUGCUGCUGCUGCUGCUACACAGUGUGGAAGCUGUAGUGGCGUCUCAGUGCCGGCAGGGGGCGACCUUCUCCGAGGCAGUGGUGUCUCCGGCGGUGGAGAGCGGCGGUAUCCUGCGGGUGCCCGGCGUGUCGUCGUUGUCGCAGUGCGUGGCGGCGUGCUGCGACCUGCCGGGUUAUGAGCUGGCCUGGCUCUUCGAGGGCCGCUGCUACAUCCUGAGCUGCCAGCAGAGGGAGAACUGCCAGCCCAGAGAGACACCCGGGGCCGACUCAUUCCUGGCCUUCCUGCGCAGGGCGUCCCCGCAGACCUUAGUGCUUCAGUCUCUGGUGAGGGGGGAGCCAUACGGCGGCCGCUGGAGGCCCCUGUCACGGUCCUCUGAGGCCCCCGGGGACCUGGAGGCUCUGAAGGAUCUCGCCCUCUUUGACGGGCCCCGGCAGGACUUCUCCGACCCUGGGAUGCUGGAUGUGGAGUAUUCAGAGGUGAGCCAGGAGGAGAGAGGAGGUGGUGGUUCAGAGGCGGAAGUGACGACUGAGCGGCCAUCUCUGAAGGAAAGGGACGGGUUCAACCAGUCGGAGGCAGAGGAUGGUCCAGAACGGGGGCCGACAAACAGCAGCGUGGCCCAGAUUAGGGCCUCCUCUGGGGGGAACAUCACCUGGGGGGACGAGGACAGAACCAGGAGGCCAACCGAUCCAGCCGCUGCAGAGAAAACGAGCAAAACACAAAGCAGCUCUGUUUCUACAUCACUGACACCAUCCACCACUGACUCCACCCAACAAGACCCCAUAUGGACUUCAGCUCCCAGUCCUACCAAACCCCACUUGCCCAGCGGCGCGACCGCACACCCAGACACGAUAAAGGUGCCCCAGUCAGCAGCCACAGCUCCACCGACCGCCACCCACCCCCCAGCCAGAGCCAUGACCUCUGACCCCACCACCAUCACCGCCAACUCAACCCUCAGCACCAACCCUCCAUCCGCGGCCACACCCUCUGCUACAACUGCAGCCGAGUCUGUAUCAGAGGGCGGGGGGUCGAACCGAGGUCCGGUAGCUGUGGUGGGUCCUGACAGGAAGUUGUUUCUCCCGCUGAGCAGCGUGUUUCUUGAUGGCAGCGGAAGCACCGACGACCGCGGCAUCAUCAGCUACCACUGGGACGCCAUCAGUGGUCCUCCUGGAUUAAAGCUGGAGGAUGUGAACCGGGCGGUAGCUACGGCGACAGGUCUUCGCGUGGGGCGCUACACCUUCAGACUGACUGUCUCGGACCAGGAGGGGGCGACAGACAGCGCCUCACUGACUGUCAGGGUCCAGGCAGCCAGAAGUCUUCCUCCGGUCGCUCACGCCAGCGGCAGCCACACUCUGACCCUGCCCAACAACUCCCUGGUCCUCCGAGGCUCCGUCACCGACGGCGACCAGGCUGAGGUCCACUACCUGUGGGUCAGAGACAGCCAGAGUCCCGCUGCUGGCGAUGUGCUGUACGGCUCAGAGUCCCAGGCCUGUCUGUACCUGGCCAACCUGGUUGAGGGCACCUACCUGUUCCAGCUGAGGGUGACUGACGCCCGGGGGCGCUCCAGUACCGCCACGGCCACCGUGGAGGUCCGACCAGAGCCUGGCGGGGGGGAGGAGGUGGAGCUGGAGAUGCUGGUGUCGGUCUCUCAGGUCAGUCUGGCUCAGAGGGACACGGUGGUCCGACAGCUCGCCGCUCUGCUGCACGUCCUCGACAGCGACAUCCAGGUCCGAGCGCUGCAGGGGCACUCGCACCUCAGCACCGUGUUGCGGUUUUCGGUGCGGGGCUCCUCGGGGCCGCUCUCUGGCUCCAGGUUAGUCGGUCUGCUGAGGAACCAGCUGCUCAGAGAGAAGAGCGACUAUCUGCUGUUCAGAGUCCUGAGAGUCGACACCGUGUUGUGUCUGCUCCGCUGCUCGGGCCGAGGGCAAUGCGAUCCGGUCACCAAGGAGUGUACCUGUGACCCCUUCUGGACGGAGAACCUGAUUCGUCGUUACCUGGGCGACGGAGAGAGCAACUGUGAGUGGAGGGUGCUGUACGUCAUCCUGACCAGCUUCAUGCUCAUGGUCUUCAUCCUGUGCGUCAGCUGGACCUUCAUCUGCUGCUGCAAGAGGAGGAGACUGACCAAAGUGAGGAAGAAAACCAAAUACACCAUCCUGGACAACAUGGACGAACAGGAGAGGAUGGAGCUCAGACCCAAAUUCAGUAUCAAACACCGCAGCACGGAGCACAACUCCAGCCUGAUGAUGUCGGAGUCGGAGCUGGACAGCGAUCAGGACACCAUCUUCAGCCGCGACCGACCCGUCCGCAGCAGGAACCGGCUCAGCGCCCAGGCCGCCCGCAACGGAAACGCCUUCGGAUGACGGGGUGACCGACCUCCCGCUGGUGUAGAAAGGACCCUUCUGGGAUGUUUGCACGCUGGCGGCCCCGUGUGGCUUCACAAAGUUUGACGGACUUCAUCCUGUGCCAUGAGGUCAGUAAAAUGAACCAUUGUCCCAUUUCUGGGUCAGACUUUCGAGGACUCGAGGCCGAGAAGAAAAACCUGCCUCUCCUUAAACAGGAUGCACAGGUGCAAACAUCCAAAUUUUGGCCAACUGAUGCGACAUUUUUAGGACGCGUUGGAACGGAACCAUUUUUGCGUCCUGUGUUGACGUAUUAUGUUUCGAUUUAAAGACGAACACUCAGACACAUUUUGGGAAAUGGUCGUCCCCCGAGCCAGAUGAGGGAUCCCGGACACGACCAGCCCGGUUUAGCACAACGAGCGGAAGCCGGGGGAAACUGCUAGCCUAGCACAGUCAAUACAGAAAAUAUCACCUUCGAACAACGCCAACUCUUUCGGAUUUACAUGUUCUAUCUUGUUACCCAACAAGCUACUCAGCAGUUGGUCAAAGAGUCGGGUUGGGAGUCAUGACCUAGAGCCCAACUUUAACAUUAGCUCUAACUAAUUGGCCCUGAGCUACUUAAAGCUAACUCUAACCUCACUAGACCUUGAAGCGAACUCAAAUCUAACAGACUUAAAAACAACCCCUACGCUACGCUUGUUGCUGAAUUUAAACCAUUUAAAAUCUAAACCGUCUAGUCCACUAACAUGGAGGGGGGGCGCGGUUUAUGACAUGUAGUGCAGCCAGCCACCAGCCAGAGACAUUAAGAGCUAAAGAGCUCAUCACCUGUGGCUUGUGGACAUCUCCAGCACAGCUGAGAACUCCUUCAGUCUCAAAUGAUGACAUUUGUUUUUAGGAGUGUGUGUGAUAUAAACAAAAUAACGUAUCAGUACUGACCAUAACUUUUAUUUUUUUUAAAUUUCAGAUCAUCUCUAGUUACCUGCCAAACACAAGUCACUUGGACAGCAUGUAAUAUGGCCUUUUUUAAAUGUUUCCAUUAAUAUCUAUGGUCAGAAAAAUACAAAAAUCAGGAUUUUUUAACAUUAGCUUUGACUACAACAAAGUAUAUUACAAUCAAGACCAGUUACACUCUAUAUUGGACACACAAUCUGCUGUACAAACCCAAAUAACAGAAGAGCCAGUACUGAACAACAGCAAAAAUAGUACAGAUAGAAUCAUUUAAUGCUGUGAUAUAAUUUAUUUAUGUCCGUCUUGAAUUUAAAAAAGAAAAAAAAAAAGACCUUAUUAGUCCAAUAUGGGCCCUGGUUUUCAUUGGCAACAGAGGCUUGAUUUGACAUGAGCACAAGUUUGUCAGGUUUAUAAAGGUGGUUUAAAAUUGAUCUGGAUGAGAGUCCUAACGAUGAGGAACGCAUCUGUUAAUUACUACAGCUUUAUCUACUAAUGACUGGAUACACACUAAUUAAUAUUUUAAUCUCAUAAGUUUUAUUUUUGAAAUCUUUCUAUCACAGCAGCAACGUGUCUCUGAAUGAUGCAAUCUUCAUCUCAACAACGUACGUAUCACCCAGUUUCAAGAGCUUUGUUUCCUAAUGACAAGACUCGCAGCUCCCGAUUACAGGACUAAUAGUUUGUAACCACGAGGCACGAACUCCUCGUGAGAUCAAUACUCCUAAAAUCAAGGGUUUUAUUUCAUAACGACAAGGUGCGCAUCUCCAACUGUCAAAAUGUUUAUCUCCUCCCCAGAUCUGUGACGAGGUAUCUCCCUACGGUUAAUUUUGGGCCAGCUGAAAAAACGUCAACAGUCCUUGCUCAUGUCAAAUUGGUCUAAACCAAGCUGACUGCCUUUUGAAGAACGGGGCCGAGCUCCAUCAGUUAGACUGUCAUUUGUGCUGCCCACCAGCUCAAGGCUGGAUUACUUAAUGAACAUAAAUUACUCAAACGCAGUACUUUCGUUCAACACCAAGAAAUAAAACUCAGUUACAUGGCACUUGUCACUGGUUCGAGGGAACAGAGGCUCAGAAAACAGC